AUUAUUAGCCUUCAUUUUAUUCCGCACGCAGCCUUGAACGGAUAAGCCCAAAAGAGAGACGGGGAAAUAAACGUUUUAAGGCGCUCGCGUUAGCAGCUUUUUCCGUCCCCGAAAGCUUCCCAGUCUCAACCUGAGCAAGAAGAAACUGGUAGCCCUCCAGCUACUGGUGCAACAUGGCCAAUGUUUUGAAACUCACAACAGGCCAUCUAAAAAGAUGAGAAGCACCAACUGUUGCUUUCUAAUGAAUACCAGGAGGGUUCAAAUGACCGAUGCAGAGAAUUAACAAAAACGUAGUACUGGGCCUUCUUACUUUGACCAGUUCAAUCUUUCUCCUGUUCCAGUUGUAUUAUUAUAAAUAUUAUCUCUCUCCAAAGAAUGGAGCGGUUUUCCCCAAGAUUAAAGGGAGCAAAGCAGGACAAGACAAUAGUCAAUGGCAUGUGGUGAGAAAAUUUCUGAAUUUGGUGACCAGCCACAACAUAGUUGUGCAUCUGAUCGAUCCUCUCCUUUUGGAACUGAUUGACCGAGACUUGGAGCAGCUUCAGACCUUCUCUGAUGGCAGUCGCUCAGAAUGCAAGUACUUCUGUACCCCACGGGAUUAUACCACCUUUGGACUACUGGACAAAACCUGGAAACUUGAAGUGGGCUUGUUUCAGGCUGCGGAGAGAAUGGGAUUCCAGUGGCUGAAAAUUCAGAGUAAAGAUCCACGUUUAGAAGGCAUGGAGGAUCUGUCUGGAACAGAAGUCCCCCUGCAUUACAUCUUCAAGCAGGCAACUCAUGCCAUCCAUCUAGUCGUCUUCUAUGAGAGGAGCGGCAACUACCUCUGGCAUGGGCCGCUACGUCUGAAGCUACACAUGGACAGGGCAUUUGUGCCUUUCCAGAAGCUACACUUUGGACGCUACGCUGGAGCCUAUGACAAGAUGGCAUUACUGACUCUUUCCAUUGAUGGAUUAAUAGUCCAGGUUCCAAAAGAGCCGUCCAAGUUCCUCGAAGAAAGGUCCCACUCUCGAUUUGUUGAAUGUCGAUACAAAGAAGCUCGAUCAUUCUUCCAGCUGUACCCUGAUGAUACAUCUCCUGAGGCAAUGGAGUUCAGGAAAAAAGCCAAGGCAUUGCUGCAUCUUUCUGCUCUGACACUGAACAAUUUAGGAGUACAAUUCUGGCUGAGUAGCGGGACCUGCCUAGGUUGGUACAGACAGUGCAACAUUAUUCCUUACAGUAAAGACCUGGACUUGGGGGUUUUUAUUCAAAACUACAAACCAGAUAUUAUUCCAGCAUUUCAGAAGGCUGGGUUACCGCUAAAGCACAAAUUUGGCAAGUUUGAAGAUAGUUUGGAGCUGUCCUUCCAGGGAGGAGAAGAUGAAGUGAAGCUUGAUAUUUUUUUCUUCUAUGAAGAGGAUGACCACAUGUGGAAUGGAGGAACCCAGGCCAAAUCGGGCAAGAAAUUUAAGUACCUCUUUCCCAAAUUUACCCUGUGCUGGACUGAGUUUCUAGAACUUAAGGUACAUGUGCCAUGUGAAACCCUCCACUAUAUUGAAGCCAAUUAUGGAAAAGACUGGAAGGUUCCUGUCAAAGUGUGGGACUGGAAAAAUUCACCCCCCAAUGUCCAGCCUAAUGGAAUCUGGCCGAUCAAUGAAUGGGAAGAAGUAAUUCAGCUCUACUGAUUUAUUUGUAAGAUGCUGGCAUCAGAAGAAUAUUUGUUGACAAUUGCAUCAUGUCUCACCUUGGAAUCAUCAGCAUUGGGAAGUUUCAUGGAUUUGCCACUGUUUCGAUGGUACAAUGCUUGUGGAAAUUGGUGCACUACAUCAUGGCUGGGUCUGUAUUUGAAAGAGCUGCUGCAGCAGAAUCUAUGAAAUGUUAGCCUCAGUAGACACAAAGCUAAGAAUUACCUGCGGCUGAUCAAACAUAGACACUACCUGAAUAGCUGGAAGCAAUCAGAUGGUGCAGCAGGCCUCCAAGCCCCCAUACCUGGUGAGGAGAGCAGAAAACAAAGUGCAGACUUCAGUGAGUCUUCUUGUCAAGCAAGGGAGUAAAUUUCUUGAUCAAAGGCAGCUGUCUGCAGCCUGAUUACAAGGCAACUCAUUAUCUCUCAUUGGAAUAAACUGUCUGAUCUCCAGCUUUUGCGUGAUGUUUGUGUAAAAUUCUGCUCUUGAAAUUCUGACUUCUGGAUUGGCUGACAACAUUGAUCUGGCUCUUGGAACUCUGGACUGGAGUUUGACUAUUCUUCUGUCUGCUCAUGUUCAAGUAAACCUACACAGGCGAGCUUCUUUCAGAGGCUCUAUUUCUGCAUUCCUUGUCUGCUGUUAUCUCCUCAACUUUAAGUAAAUUGCUAAUUUCCGUAACAACUGUGUGUUGGGAGUGUAUAAUUGAAACCAGAAACAGGACACA